AUGGAGACAAUAAAAAAACGAUCGGAAUCUCCAUCUGUUAAAAAAGGAAAAGUCCAAGAAGUGAGUAGUUUUGAAAAUAUCGAGGAAAUCACAGAGCAAGUUAAAACCAAAAAGAAAAAUCUGAGAAGUAAACAAAAAUCACAAGUCAAUGGAAAAAACAAUGGAGAUUCUUUAAACGCUGUCAACAAAAAUGAAUCGAAUAAAAAAGAAUCUAAUGCUAAAUCGCCAGAGAAAAAUGGUCAAGAUGCUACUAAAAAAGAUGUGCCACCAGCUGCUAAUAAUGUCGACUCUGUCAAGGAAAACUUGGAAAGUAAAAAUGAUAAUGAAAAAACUGAAGAAAGUGUAACCAAAGAUGUCAUUACGGAAUCACCGACUAAUUCAGAAAAUCAUACAGUUUCGAAAAGUGAAAUUCAAGAUGUUGGAAAAGUACAUAAAGAUGGAAAUGAUUUUUGCAGCAGCACAACUUCAACAGAGACUGAAAAUGGUGCCAAUAACACAAGCAAUGGUUUAAAUGACUCGACUAAUGUGGAAAAUACAUGUGUGAACAAAACAUCAGAAUCAGAAAAUGCAGUUACUGAUACGUUAAACUCGAGUAAAAAUUCAGAUACAUGUGAAGUAUCGGUAACACCUGUAAAUGGUGAAUCCAUACCUGAUUUGUCUUCUACUAAAGGUUCUGAAAAAAAUGCAAUCGAUUCAGAUGAAGACUCCUUUUAUGAAGUCGUGGUGGAAUCAUCAAAAGACAAACAGUGCAUCGCCUCAUCUGAUGCUAUUAAUAAUGAUGAAAAAUCUGUCGUCAUGAGUAAUACAUGUAGUAGUGUAACGAUUGAUCGUAAAUCAUCCUCUCCUGCAAACAAAGAAAAACAAAAUUCAGAAAUAUCAUCAUCGAAAAAAAUAAAUGAUUCUCCAAUGUCAAAAAUGGAUGGGAAAAGUUACAUUCAUCCAUAUUUAGGUAAAAUUUCAGGUCGACCUGGUAUAAGACGCGGAUCUAACUUACUUGAUGUCAGCACGAACGGUCACGACGUUUUCACUCCCCAAAAUAAAGGACCCUCUUUAAGCGAUAGCUUUAGGGUGAAAAGUGAUCCGCCACGUUUAAAUCAAGUUGACACGCCUGAAAAUCUCGGAUUGAAAAAAUACAAAGGUAAAAGAUGUUUAAACAUAAACGACGAUUUCGAUUACGAUGAUGAUGCGUUUGCCGUAAAAAGGCAAAAACUCGACGACAAACAAAUAAACAAAACAGGAUUUUUGGGAAGCGUUUUAUGGAGUCCAUUUAAAAAAAAACAUUCGUUACACCUCGUCGAUGACGAAACGACCAGAUUAUCCGAAACACAAUCCAAGCUCUCUAAAUUUUUAAUAGACAUGGGCGAAAAUAAUCCACCGUGGAUCUCGUUGAAACUGUCAAUAAAUCACAUUUUCCAAAGAAGGUUAAUUGCUCAUUUUUUUUUUUAA